AACAUCAACCUCACAAAUAUUGAAGGAAAAAAAUCGUAUGUUUUGAAAUAAAAGAGAGAGAGAGAUAAAGAGAUGAUUUUGCCACACAAGUGGAAUCCAAGCUGAGAAAAGACACGUUCAUUUGUCACUUACCAUACAAAUCAAGAUCAUAUGUUUUCUCUAUGACGUGCAUACUAACUUUUCCACCCAUUCUCUUUGCCCUCUUUUACUCUUAAUUCUUCAUUCUUGUUCUUUCUUCUCUUCAACAUCAUCUACAACACACAACGAACCCUAAUUUCUUCAUUAUUCAUAUCAAAGUUUCAGUCUUUACCAAACCCCAUCCCAAAUAAUAUAUCCCACCCCCAUGACUCUCCCUUCUCCCAACCCCAACUCCUCAUUAUUCCUUCCUCAUCAUGAUCAUCCUCAUCUCCAAGAAUCAGAUCAAACUCUAUCUGAACAUGAUCCACAGAAGGGUCUUGAGGAGGGUGAGAGUAGUCGGGAGCGGUUGAAGCGCCACCGUAUGGCCGUGGCGGGGCACGUUUGGAUUCCGGACAAGUGGGGAAAAGAGGAGUUUUUGAAGGAUUGGAUCGACGGCUCCGCAUUCGAAGCCUCUUUGUUUCCUUCUGGGAUUGUGUCAGCUCGCUGUGCUUUGGCUCGUGAUGCUAAGAGAUUGUCACCGAAUAAUAACACUGCCACCGCCACCGCCACUGCGGCUGCAGGAGCUUUGAGAAUAUUAAACAGUAGUACUUGUUAAACGUAUUAUGAUCAAUAUUAAGUUGGUAUGAUGUUGUGUUUUGAUUUUGUUAAUAAUGUGGUGAUUGGGUUGUGUAUAUUGAAAUAAUCUCUCUCUCUCUUUCUCUUUCUCGAUCGGAUCCACUUGUGAUCUCUCUCUUGAAGAGAUCUAUAUGAUCAUCUUAAUUAUUGAAAAGUUUGAAUUAAUGAUUAUUAUUAUUAUUAAAAUAUA